AUGUCCACGGCACUGGCGGCUUCACCCUCGCGAUUCUUCUCUGCCCAUCGUCUCCCUCGCCGCGACAACACCGCUGCUCCUCCCAACCCUGUUAGUCAACUCCUGUACAUCGCGCCUACCUCAAACACAUGCUCCGGCGCGGCCUACCCCAGCGAAUGCGCCGUGUCUUCCCUCUCAGUCGUGCAGGACAUUGUCAACAGCUUCGCCCAGUACAACGUGACGACCGCCGCAGAACAAGCCGCGCUGCUCUCCUGGAUGGUGUACGAAAGCGGCGAAUUCAAAUACAAUCAUAACCACUUCCCUGCGCCGGGCACGCCGGGGAAGGGCACGCGGACCAUGAUGUCGCCUACUUUCGUGCAGCAGUACGCCAACUCGAUCCCGGAACUCCAGGCCAAAGUCGCCGCGAUAGGGACGGGAGCGAGCUUGACCGACGCCCAGGCGGAUCAGGUCUUGGCCCUCGUCCAGCCGGACCAGUACUCCUUUGCGGCCGCGGCGUGGUAUUAUGGCACGCACUGCACGGACGCGCAGAAGGCGCAGGUCAGACAGGGCGGGCAGCAGAAUUGGCAGACGGCGUUUAUCACGGGAUGUGUCGGGACGACGGUGGAUGAUGGUAGAGUCUCGUACUGGCAGAAAGCGUGCGAAGCGUUAGCGGUGCCAGUGACGCCGUAG